AUGGGUAAGUCUACGGAGGAAAAACUUUUUCGUUACAUUAAGGCUGGGAAACUACAUCGCGUACGAUCGCUUUUUAAGAAAUACAAACCAUCUUACUUAACUACUAUUGUGGAUCGUAAAGGAAGGUCUGCUCUCCAUGCUUCUUGUCUUCUCGGAAAUGAUGCGAUAAUGAGGUUACUUUUGAAAAACGGAGCAGAUGUGGAAGUUAUAGACAGCGAUGGGAAUACACCUCUUCACUUUGCUUUGAAAUACGCUUCAGAAACUUCGCGGAUUUCUGCAUUCAAUGACUUGAUUGUACCGUUAUUAAAUUUAUGUAGUCGUCAAGUUCUUGACAUGAAAAAUAGCGACGGAAAAACAGCAAGGGAAUGUCUUACUCAGUUAAAAAGAGCCUACUGUCAGCGGCGAGAGGAAGAAGAGGCUCUGAGAAAACGGCAAUGGAGAAUUGAAAUGGAGGAGAUGUCAAAACAAGAGGAGGAAUUAGAAUGGCAACGGAAGUUGCAGUUUGAAGUUGGUCAAGAAGAUUUUUGUAAAUACAGCGAGGAAGAUUACCACGGAUCAGCUCACGAGUCUUAUGAUGAAUGGGUUGAGAGGAUUGUGCAUGAAAGGCGACAAAAGAAGGCUUCAAGUGAAAGAAAACAACACAAAGAAGCAGAAAGGAAAAGAUAUGAGAAACAAGAAGAGGCAAGAAAGAGGACAAAAGAGCUUGAGCAGGAACAUGAGGCUUACAUGACGCAAAUGUCAGUUGAACGUCAAAAAUUAAAACUGGCAGCAUCUCAGACUGAGUAUGAAACCCAAUGUCAAACAAUCUUUGACAGUGGUUUAAGGACAGAUCUUACGUUUACUGAUAUACCCUGGCCUGGAGAACUAGGUGAUGCUACAGAAAUGAUUAAUCUUAUUGUUAAGUGGUCAGAAAUGAUAUCGGAAGAAGAAGGAAGAAAGAAGUUUUUGAAAGAACAGCAAGUAAGGUGGCACCCGGAUAAAUUUCUGCAAAAAUGCGGUAAUAGACUCUAUACUGGUGACAAAGAAAGGAUUGUUGAGCAAGUUAAAAAACUAUCUCAAGAAAUUAAUUCACUGUUAGAUUGA